UAUUCUGUACAUUCAUGAGAGUUUUAUAAUCUAUGAUGUAUUUCAGACUAAAUAAUUUCUAGUCUUAUUUGGCUUUCGUCAACAACAAUGGCUGAUCACUUCCACAGACUUUUCAGCUUUUUGGUAAAUAUAUGUCCAGACCCUCUUCGAAAAUUGUUCUUGGUUAAAGCCAAGGCUGACCCUGGCGCAAAGGAUACAUUACUAGAUUCAUUUCUACGAUCUAAGGAAAACGAAAUAAGAAAGUUGAAACUGCACGAGAAUCAAUAUGCUUUACUAUUUCCUUUAACUGGUAAAGCGGAUGCAAUGGAGUGGGACAUUGCUUUACUGACUGUGUUAAUAAACAAGCUAUUCAGUUGCUCUCCUCAAAUUACAUUUUAUAUUAAUCAAAUCAGAGAAAUUAGAAAUAAGUUACUACACCUACCAAAUACGUCAAGUAUAGAUGACACAGACUUUGAAGAUUGUUGGAAUGCUUUGGAAACAGCAACUUUGGUCCUAGCUGAUCUACAAGGGCUUGAAUACAAAGAAACCAUUAAAGGUAAAAUUGACAAAGCUCGAAUAGAUAAUUUGCCAGAUCUAGGAAACACUCUGUGUAAAUGGUUUGAAGGAAAAUUUACCGAAAUGCAGAGAGACACUAAAGACAUUAAAGAGAAUGUCAGUGAAAGUGUAAACAUUUUGCGAAGCACAACUGUAACCACAACUGAAGCAGAUGGGAAAGAAGUCAAAAGUUUUAAGAUUUUGAAUGAAGAGCUAAAGGGAAUGCAUGAGCUGACAGAACUUUUUCUAGAGCAUAGCCAGGGGUAUGUUGAUCCAGAAAUGCUGAAAGCUGCAAAAACAAAGAUGGAAGAAAAUAAAUCAGUGAUAAUAAUUGGAAACCCGGCAAGUGGAAAAACCUCAUUGGCUGUUGCUCUUGCAGCUUCAUAUGAGAGAUCAAAAGUUCUGCUUCUGACAUCCCCAGAUCAGGUCCAACAUGUAAAUUACAAUAAGACACACCUUGUUAUCAUUGAAGAUUUUGCUGGAAAAUAUAAUUUUGACAAAGUUCAAGCAUGCAAUUGGUAUAGAAAACUUGAUCUGCUUAAAUUAAUGACAUCUGCUGGAAAACUUAAUCUGAUUGUGACAUGUGAUAAAGAGCAACUGAAAAUGUGUAUGGACAAAAUUGCAAUUCAUCUAUUAUUUGAACAUAGAGUUGAUCUUCAACCACCUAAUGGAAAACAUAAUAGCAAGCUCUUGUUGCCAUGGCAACAAAAACUAAAGGAAAGCAUGACACUGAAGAGAGUUUCUGAUGAAGAUAUGGAUGAUACUAUAUUUGUGAAAAGGAGGGAAAGCUUGCCAGUCGAUUUGAUAUGCACAACAAGGGUUAUAGAGCCAACAGAAACAGCGAAUACAUGUACCAUCCCUUUUAGACGUGGUGGAUGAAGGAUUCUAAAAAGAAUAAAGAUUGACAUUGAUUUUGUGUAUUUGGCUGUAAUGCGUUAUAAAUUGUAACCUUCUAGACAAAACAGCUGUUACUCUAUUUGCACUUUCCUAUGCAUCAGUUAAAUGUUUCAGUAUUAUUUGCUUUCUUGUGAAGAAACGCAAAUGAAUAUUUCUAUAAAAAAAUCUGUAAUCGUAAAAGAAGCUUGAACAUUUGUAUGUGAAACUAAUGUAUAUAAUUAUUUGAUUAUCUUUGUAUUUUUAGAUUUUUUAUGUUUAUAAAUAAAAAGCUUGUACAUUUAUAUGUGAAACUAAUGUAUAUAUUUUUGAUGGUCAAAACUCUGACAACCUACCUGUUCUCUUUGGUGUCUCCCAAGGCCCGGUCCUGGGACCUUGCCUCUUCUUAUCCUACAUAAAUGACCUUCCUGAUAGUGUUAAGGGCAAGGUCAGGCUAUUUGCAGACGAUACCAUAGUAUAUCUAACAAUCAAAUCAACCCAAGACGCCCAAACCCUCCAAAAAGAUCUCAACAGUCUUGAAAACUGGGAAUCUGAUUGGUCCAUGGAAUUUAACCCAGAUAAAUGUGAAGUCCUUAGUAUCAGCCUCAAGAAACAUCCAGUAAUUCCAAUUUUUCGGUAAGGGCUGUUCCAUUCUGUUUGGCAUCCUUUGCAAAAAUAUCUGGUUUACAAAAUAGAACAAGUUCAAAGGUCAGCUGCCAGAUAUGUAUACAACAACUACAAUUACACCAGUAGUGUAUUAGCUCUGUUACCCUUCUGUACAAAAUCCAACACAAUCUUGUGAGGGUCGACCGACCAUCAUCAUCUGACACCCACUAGAAACCUGAACUUCCUAAUACCAUAAUCAAGGACAGAAUACCACUCCUACUAAUUUUGCCCAAGAAGUAUUUGUUUGUUGAAUGGCCGCAUUUAUUUGUUUUCUUUGAAUUCCUUAUCAGUUACAAAUUAUUUAUCAUUUAAGUGAUUAACCUGUCCGUGCUCUGUCUUGUGCCCUGUCCUGUUUUUGUUUGGGGUCCGCCUGGGCUCCUUGCCACUGGUUCUUGUUGCUGGGUCGUAUAGGGUUGCGUUCAUUGAAAGCCGUCUUUUCUUGUUGAUGUUGUUUAUUAUAUUUUGUACAUUUAUAUGUGAAACUAAUGUAUAUAUUGAUUAUCUUUGUACUUUUAGAUUUUGUGUGUUUAUAAAUAUAUACUUGUACAUUUAUAUGUGAAACUAGUGUAUAUAUUUGAUUUUCUUGCAUAGCAGACUGGCGUUUCUGUGAGUUUUACCCAUACCGGAAAUUUCAUCUGGCAUGGGGGUGCCAGAUGAGUCGCAUGCCAAACAACAACAUCAUUUUAGUGCACUUAAUGAAUGAACCGCGUUAAUAUGACGUCGUUUUAGAAGGGAAAUAUGUGCUUAGGAUGACAUCAUUUCGCUGUUGUUAUUUAAGUUGUAAGUUCAUACGCUAUUGUAAGAAAAUAGUUAUGGAUGAAAUGACUUUAAUUUCCAUGAACAUAUAUCAUAUUAAGGUAAACUAUUUCAAAUAUGAAAUAAUAUGGCAGAAUAUGCAAGGAAAAAUAUGUGACAUAUGUUUGCAGUUUGGAUCGGAAUAUCCGUCACUCGGGAACCCACCCAUGGGCGGCAACUCGGCAAGCCUCAUUUCUUCGGGACGGAUAUUCCGGUCCAAAACGCAACAUAUGACAGAUAUUAUUAAUCUUUGUAUUUUUAGAUUUUGUGUGUUUAUAAAUAAAUGGUUUUUAUGUGUGUUUUCAAAUGGAAACUGUUAAGUGAUAAUUAAGAUAUCUUUUCAAUGGAAAGUUUGUUUUUCCUAAACAUUGAAAGUCUUUUAGGAAAUAGUUAAUCUUACUCAAGGCCUUAUUAACUUAAUACACAUGUCAUAUGCAAGUUAGAAUUGUCAUAAUCUCAUGUCUAUCAAGAGUAAUGGAGUUAUAAUAUUUUGUGAAAAAUUUGUUUACUUUUUAUGCUAAGUUAUAAUAUUUUUUUGUUAUGAAAAAGUAAUCGGAAUGUGAGUUAUCAAAAAGUCAAAUUAUCCAAAACCUGUGGGCUGCCAGCUUGUUUGUCACCUGGAAUUAGUAUUUUUCUAUUAAAACUACUGAAUUUUCAAUCCAACUUCAAUAAAAUAGAUAGUUAGAUUCAUUUUGAAUUCUUGUUUCCAGGUAUGCACAAUUUACUCAAAUAUUUCUUUCUUGUACAUUUGUAUAUUUCGUAUUUGGUAAAUAUUUAUACAAUAUAAUAUUUUGUAAAUUGUUUUUUGUAAAUAUGGUAAAUGAUGAAAAAGCCAAACACGAAGAUACAAUUUAGAGUUACAGUAUGUUGUACAUAAUAUCAUUUACUGUACACUCCUGAUUAAUUUUAUAAAGUAAUGUUCUUAUAUUCAAAAUUUUGUAAAAUGUAACCGUUUUUAGGAUACAAACAGUUUUAAAUUAGAAGUAGGUCAAUUUUGUGUUCUGAAAUUAUAGUAAAAUGUUAUUGUUAAGUUGUUUUUUUAAAUUUUGAUGUUGACUGGUACUUCCUACUUAGUUAAAUAAGCAAGUUGUUUCCCUUGGUUUAUUAAUUCCUUAUUUUUAGCUCGACUAUUCGAUAAGAAUAAGUAGAGCUAUUGCAGUCACCCGAGCGUCGGCGUCGGCGUCGGCGUAACCACUUAUGUUAAAGUUUUUGUAAUAGUUCAAAUAUUUUCAAAGUCCAUUGACAUAUGGCUUUGAAACUUUGCACACUUGUUCACCAUCAUGACCCCAACCUGUAGACAGGAGGAGGUAACUCUAUCAAGCAUUUUGACAGAAUUAUGCCCCUUUUUCGACUUAGAAUUUACGUUAAAGUUUUUGUAAUAGUUCAAAUAUUUUCAAAGUCCAUUGACAUAUGGCUUUGAAACUUUGCACACUUGUUCACCAUCAUGACCCAAACCUGUAGACAGGAGGAGGUAACUCUAUCAAGUAUUUUGACAGAAUUAUGCCCCUUUUUCGACUUAGAAUUUAUGUUAAAGUUUUUGUAAUAGUUCAAAUAUUUUCAAAGUCCAUUGACAUAUGGCUUUGAAACUUUGCACACUUGUUCACCAUCAUGACCCCAACCUGUAGACAGGAGGAGGUAACUCUAUCAAGCAUUUUGACAGAAUUAUGCCCCUUUUUCGACUUACAAUUUACGUUAAAGUUUUUGUAAUAGUUCAAAUAUUUUCAAAGUCCAUUGACAUAUGGCUUUGAAACUUUGCACACUUGUUCAACAUCAUGACCCCAACCUGUAAACAGGAGGAGGUAACUCUAUCAAGCAUUUUGACAGAAUUAUGCCCCUUUUUCGACUUAGAAUUUACGUUAAAGUUUUUGUAAUAGUUCAAAUAUUUUCAAAGUCCAUUGACAUAUGGCUUUGAAACUUUGCACACUUGUUCACCAUCAUGACCCCAACCUGUAAACAGGAGGAGGUAACUGUAUCAGGCAUUUUUUUUACUAUCAAGCACUAAGAAUAGUCGAGCAUGCUGUCCUACCGACAGCUCUUGUUAUAACAUAUUCUUAACAAAUUGUUGUACACUAUUUGGAAUGCCUAAAUGAUCUGCUGUACAUGUUUAAUUAUCAUGUAAAUGAUUGUGUACUUUGUAGGUUCAUUUUAUUCUAUACUUAUUACCCUUGAAUUUGCCAAUUUCCUAUUCUUUAAAUUAGGUAAUAUAUUUUUCAUACAUUAUUUUGAAUGUUUAAAUGAUUUACUGUACAUGUUUAAUAUCAUAUGAAAGUUUGUGUACCUUGUAGUCAUUUCAUUCUAUAGUUCUUUUGUUUUAGUUUGGAAAUUGGAUUUGAAUAGAAUAAAUAGUUAAUUUAGUUAAAUUUAUUUCGAAAUUCUCGUUUCUGGCCUGGCACUUUCCAUUCAGCCCCCCCCCCCUUCCCCCCGGACGUUCAAUAGGCAUCCGAAACAUAUGUUAAAAUGAAGAGGGCAAAAUUAUUAUAGUUCAUAUAGUUAUAGUUCAUAACCAAUAUUCAACUCAUAUGAAAGGUUCUCAGCAUAAAUCAACUUACAAAGGUAGAUUUUUGUAACUUGUAAAAGGUCACCUCUCCACAUCAACAAUUAAACCAUUGAUAUUAAACCUAUUGUUUCCAAACAAUAUUAACAGACCAACACCACUAAUGUAGUCCAUGGCCUUCAUAUGAAGGCCUACAAUAUUCUGUUGUUUUCUCCAUUUUUGAUAACUUUCACAUUCUGUUUACUGUUUAUGAUUAUUAUUAAUAAUAAACUUGCUUCAAGUGCUUGUGCACAGUUCAAAAUUCAAAGCAAAACCAGUCAUUUAAACAAAUUAGGAAUAAUCAAUGUUAUACAUGUAUAAUUCAAAACAAGAAAAAGAAAAAGACAUAUUUGCAGUAUUUUAUAGUUUAUUUUGCAAUAGUAAUAGUUACAUGAAAACAGUAUGAGAUCUAUAAAUACACUAUAUGGGUGAUAGGAUGUCGGCAGGGCAAAAAAAAACAA